CAAUCUUUUAAAUUCUCCUAGCUAUAUUUAUUGCCAAUAAAAUGUUUGACCUCUAGCUUUCUUUACAUUUCGUAGUUAACCAUUACAUUUCAUAGUUGACGAGUAUACAAAUGAAAAGUGAUAUCACAUGUCUGUAUAAAUGUUUGCUAUUUCUGUAUGAUGUUUUGCGUGUGUGUAAUAAUAGCAUAUUUUGAACGACUCGCGUCUGUGUGGUACGGAGGAGUUUAUUAUUUCAACGUAUGCUUGUAAAUAUAUUUUUGCAAUUUAACGUGCAGUUAUCAAGUGUACAUUGUAUUCUCGUUUACCUUGUCAAUAUAUGACGAUACACAAGUAACGAUUGAAUAGUGAACUGAUAGAAAGUGAAAAUAUCAUACUAUACUCUAAUAAUGAAUAAAGCACAGUUUUCUCCAGUCAGUAAGAUUUCACCACCAGCUAAGAUGGCACAAGGCAGAAAUUUAACAGGCUCUGCCAGACAUAUACGAGAUCUUACUGCAGAUAUUCAUGCAAGCAUACAGCAAUGGAAUACGCUUCAUUUGCAAGGAGUAACACUGCUAAAAAAUAUAACUCUAGCAAAGCAGGACGAGUCCUAUUCUCCUAGUUUGCAAGAGCUAUGCGAUGAGUUAGAAAUUAUCUGCAAUGGUUUGGACGAUGUUGUGUUAAAUCUUGGCCAGAUCACGCAUCAAAUGAAGAUAACAACAUCGUUAGAUAAUAGUACACACAAGCUAUUUGCUACAUGGCCCCGUACAAAAUUUGGACAAGUGGCAGAGUCAAUAUAUAAUGCGUAUUCGCGUGAGGUAAAAGUGAAAUGUAAAAUUCUGGAAGAUGCUGCACAUUAUUGUUCAGAAUCUUGGAAAAUGUUGUUCCUUGCUAGCUGGGUGCAUCAACCUUUAUUAUCAGAGGAUCUGACAGUACUUCUGGAGUCAAUGUUAAUAGAGACCGGGCAUAGAUGAUUAUAACAGUUGUCAAUAUAAAUUUUGAUAAAUACAAAAUUUCUCCUGUACAUAAAUGCCAUAACAAUACGGAUGGAAUUGUAUUCUUGGUGUUCAAAAUAUUUUUAAUGAUGCAUCGUUUUGUAUAAAAAUGGUGAACAACGUAUUGGUCAGUUUCUAAAGGGAUUCGAUUCUCUUUUUGAAUAUCAUCGGUCAUUGUAAUAUAAAAUAAUACAACAUGAUUUUGAUCGUACAGUUCGAUCGUGAGCGAGUCAAAAUGAUUUGUGCACGCUGACUGAUAACGUUGUUACUAAAACAUUAAAAUAAUACAUACUUAAUCGACUAUAUACGUAAUACCUAAGAAAAAUUACCUCUCUAGAACAUCUGCAUUUUCUUCAUUGUGUAGUUUUUAAUUCUGUAAAAGCUC